ACACUGCAAAAAAAAAAAAAAAAAAAAUUUACAACAGAGUGAACAGAAGGGCAGGUUAAUUAGUCUUUCCAGUCUCACUGGAAAACCCAGUUCAUAUUAUACUCCCAAGUCCCAAACACAUCGAUCUCAAGCUCCUUCAGGCCUAUAGAACCCCAAGCAAACCCUUCACCUACUCUCAAACUCCAAGUCUCACAAAAACAGCUUCGAGGAAUGCACAGGUGACACUCCAGUACUGUAACUUGCUCAGCACGUACAAGAACACACUCAAGGAGAUAUAAAAGUGAGAGAGAGAGAGAGAGACGAAAAUGGGUGUUUUUCUUCUUUCAUCGCCAGCAUUUCCGGGAGUCUUUCUAUUCUUAUUCAUUACAUUGUGUCUCAUCCCUGAGCUUGCACUUGCAGGCAUAACCAGGCACUACAAGUUUGAUAUCGUAUUGCAAAAUGUAACACGACUGUGCCACAGAAAGAGCAUUGUGACAGUAAAUGGCCAGUUUCCUGGGCCUCGCAUUGUAGCUAGGGAGGGUGACCGCCUUCUUAUCAAGGUGGUCAACCAUGUCCACAACAAUAUCUCCAUCCACUGGCAUGGCAUUCGACAGGUUCAAACUGGGUGGGCUGAUGGGCCAGCAUAUGUAACACAAUGUCCCAUACAAACUAGCCAGAGCUAUGUGUACAACUUCACCACUGCAGGCCAAAGAGGCACUCUUUUCUGGCAUGCCCACAUAUCCUGGCUAAGAUCAACUGUAUAUGGUCCUCUUAUCAUUCUUCCCAAGCGUGGCGUUCCUUACCCAUUUCCCAAACCCUACAAGGAAGUUCCCAUCAUCUUCGGAGAGUGGUGGAAUGUAGAUACUGAGGUAGUAAUCAACCAAGCCCUGCAAACAGGAGGCGGCCCAAAUGUCUCUGAUGCCUAUACAAUCAAUGGACUUCCAGGUCCACUCUAUAACUGUUCUGCUAAAGACACGUUCAAGCUGAAAGUGAAGCCUGGGAAGACUUAUCUUCUCCGACUAAUCAAUGCAGCACUCAAUGACGAGCUUUUCUUCAGCAUUGCAAACCACAGCCUCACUGUUGUUGAAGCCGAUGCUGUUUAUGUCAAACCCUUUGAGACCAACACAGUUCUCAUAGCCCCAGGACAGACCACGAAUGUUGUUCUAAACACCAAAGCCGAAUUCCCAAACGCAACAUUCUUCAUGACCGCUAGACCAUAUGUGACUGGCCUGGGCACUUUCGACAACUCCACUGUCGCAGGUAUUCUAGAAUAUCAUGAAUUUCCACGCAAAACUACCCUUUAUUCAGCUGCCUCCAUUGGAAACCUUCCACUCUUCAAACCCGUUCUUCCUCCUCUAAACGACACUUCAUUUGCGACAAAUUUCACGAAUAAACUCCGUAGCUUAGCAAGUGCUCAAUUCCCAGCAAAUGUCCCUCAAAAAGUCGACAGGCGCUUCUUCUUCACAAUAGGUCUUGGAACAAUCCCCUGCCCACGUAACCAAACAUGCCUAGGGCCUAAUGGAACAAUGUUUGCAGCUUCUGUCAAUAACAUAUCUUUUGCACUCCCAUCCAGAGCCCUCCUCCAAGCCCACUUCUUUGGGCAAUCCAAAGGGGUUUAUUCUCCUGACUUUCCAAGCAGUCCCAUCUUUCCCUUUAACUACACGGGCACCCCACCAAACAACACAAUGGCGAGCAAUGGGACAAAGCUAGUAGUGUUGCCUUUUAACACUAGCGUGGAGCUUGUCAUGCUGGACACAAGCAUUCUUGGCGCUGAGAGCCACCCUCUCCAUCUUCAUGGCUUUAAUUUCUUUGUCGUCGGGCAAGGUUUUGGGAACUUUGAUCCGAAUGAGGACCCUGCGAAGUUCAAUCUUGUUGACCCUGUUGAAAGAAACACUCUGGGUAUUCCUUCAGGGGGUUGGGUGGCUAUCCGGUUUCUAGCAGAUAACCCAGGGGUUUGGUUCAUGCAUUGCCACCUGGAGAUCCACACCAGCUGGGGUUUGAGGAUGGCUUGGGUGGUCCUAGAUGGAAAGCUUCCAAAUCAGAAGCUGCAUCCUCCACCGGCAGAUCUUCCCAAGCGUUGAUCUUUUGUCUGAUCGAUCACUAGCUACUUGUUUCACUCCGACCAGAAACAGUGCCAAAAAUUUUUAUGACCCAUUCUAAAUUGUGGUUGGCCCUUCUUCUGCAUUUGACAUGGGCUGACUGUAUUCAAUAAUUACUUUGUUUAUCCAUGUGGAGCUAGGGAAAGAUAAAAGAGUGGCCGGACAAUUUUUGUAACAUCGAGAUUUCUAAUGUCCAUCCGGAAGACCUUAAUAAUAUUUUCAAGAGUACCUUAAUAAUAAUGCCAGACUAUUUUUCUCAAUGGAUUUU